AUGUCCAAAGUAAUUCAUGUUACAUCUAAUGAAGAAUUAGAUAAAUAUUUGCAACAUCAAAGAGUAGUUGUUGACUUUAGUGCUGAAUGGUGUGGUCCAUGUAGAGCAAUAGCUCCGGUAUUUGACAAGCUUUCAAACGAAUUUACAACAUUUACAUUCGUUCAUGUUGACAUUGAUAAAGUAAAUACUCAUCCAAUAGUAAAAGAAAUUAGAAGUGUUCCUACAUUCUAUUUUUACGUAAAUGGAGCUAAAGUAUCAGAAUUCAGUGGUGCCAAUGAAGCAACUCUAAGAAGUACUCUAGAAGCAAACAUAUAA